CGGCGGCGCAUCUUCCCGCUUCAGCUUUCGCAGUGGUAGAAUGGCCCCGAGGCGAGGAGGCGGCGGUCAAGCUCGUGGGAAAAAACGUGAUGCCAUCACUGAAGACACGGCGGGCGGUUCAGGUGGAGGACGUCACAUGACAAAGACGAAACGGUCACGUCAGGACGCGGGUUCUGUCAGCGGCGCACACUUGGACGGAGACGGUUGGGGAAGACCAAACGACGGCGAAGGCCACGAUUACACGGGAUACCCCGCUGUGGAGGAGGUGGCGCGAAUGGAGCAAGGCCAGAUCACACCUGUUACGACGCAGCAAGGGAGAAAUCGCGAAGAUGCAGGAACUGGGACAUCUGCGGCGACGCCACGUGUGCAACAAGCAGUCGGCGAACGAGGAUCUGGAGGUGCAGCGACGCCACCUGUACAACAAGCACUCGGCGAGCGAGGAUCUGGUGGGGGGGGAGACGCGGCCAUGCUUGGAGAUCAGGCGCAGGUUCGCGGCGCCGCUGCGGACGUGGGCGAAGCGGUGGGCACACCUCGUGAAACGGGAGGAGGGGGGCGCAAGGCCGAGGAGGCGGCGAGGACAUUGGAGAUCCCCCGCGCAAAGAAGAGAAAGGCGAUGGAGGACGAGGAGCCGCUUGCUAACAGGGUCCGCAAAGGUAGAGUGGUGAAAGAACUGGCUGAUCGGGCGAAACUAUGGGUGGACGACAAGUCGUUCUGGACGUCGGGGGAGGGCCGCAGGCUGUACAACAUUGUGAACGACGCACGGGAGUACCUUGUCGCCAUCGCCAGAGGAGUUCCUUUGCCGAAGGUCCCCAGAAGUGUAGCCUUGCCGAGGUCGAACGUCACGGUGACGAGGCUCACUGAUUCCGUGCAGUUGCAGGGGGCGAUGAAUCGCGUGUCGAAGUGCAAGAACGUGGUGAUGCGUGUUCUGAACGGAUGGGUCUUCAAGUCCGGAAGCACGGAGAGGGGGUACACUCUCGCCUUCCAGUACCUCCUCGAAUCGGUGGCCACGGACUUCACGCGCGCGAUGUGGCUCGGAGAGGACAAGAGCAACGUCAUCAGCCCCGCCAUUUGCACGCACACUUUGGAGCUCGGGAUGGGCCUGCCUCUGUGGUACGCAGGUGCUCACAUCGAAGACAGGCCCCGGGACAACGACAUGGCUGCUUACCAGGAAGCGACUGUCAUGCGACUGACUGCUGCGUUCAGCGCGGUGGUAGAAAUAGGGAACGCGGUGGAUGGAGGAUGCAUAAGUCAGGACCGUUUGUCCCAUGUUGCAGAGAGCUUGAAGGUCCUCUUGGCGGCUUCCAUGUGGAUAAUGCGAUUGGCGAUAGACGAUCCGAGGUCUCACAACGAAGCUUUCUACCUCUGCAACCUCGUCGCGAAGCCCGUUAUAGUGGGGUCCAUGCACCGCAGCUUCGAUCAUCGUCGCCACACCUUGGUCGUCGCGACCACCGCAACCGAGCGACUGGGGAAAGCGCAGUUGACAUUGGGUCACACACCGAAUUUCAUCCCGGACUGGGCUAAGUGCGGGGCCCUCCGGUGUGCGAAGACGACGAUGACGAUGCCGAAGACAACUGAACGCCACUCGGGAGGAGGACGACGACAACGACGACGACGACGAAGACAGUUGAACGCCGCUGCGGAAGAGGAUGUUGACGGUGAUGAUGAUGACGACGUCGAUGAUGACGAUGAUGACGACGAUGAUGAUGAUGAUGAUGAUGGCGAGGAUGAUGAUGAUGAUGACGACCACGAUGAUGAUGAUGACAGUGACGAUGAUGACGACGAUGAUGAUGAUGAUGAUGAUGACGACGAUGAUGAUGAUGAUGACGACUACGAUGAUGAUGAUGGUGAUGAUGGUGAUGAUGGCGAUGACGACGAUUGUGGUGAUGAUGAUGAUGAUGAUGAUGAUGAUGUUGAUGAUGAUGAUGAUGACGAWGACGAUGAUGAUGACGACGACGAUGAUGAUGACGACGAUGAUGAUGAUGAUGAUGACGAAGACGAAGAUGAUAACCGGUCGGAGUUAGCGCGGGCAAGGUUCUUUUUUCUGUUUGUUUUCGGUCGAGUAGGGCGCUGCUCGGCGUUGUAAAUAUAGUGGACUCGGAAGUGCGAUCGGUUCUUCUACUUUCGUUUUUUUUUUUUUUUUUUAAAGGUGACAUCUGUUCGCGUGAUGGCGGAUGACGUGCUUUGGUUUAGGAGGGGUCUUUGCGACAGUCAUGUAUUCCGCAAUUUGCGGUGCAUGUUCGAUCUUCCGACGUUGUCUUCGUGAUCAUUCGGUGAAGAAUACCAUUCACAAGCCACAUUAUUCAAAUCUGUGUUCUUUGUUUGUACGAUGCGUUUUUAACGCGCUGUCCUUUUCUCACAAAGGGUUGUGCUUUUUUUGCCAUCAUUGCUGUUAUGCGGCUUUUGCAUG